CCACGAUAACGAAAGAGGGAUGUGAUGUGUAUUUACCAUCAACAUUGCCGAGACAUUCGCGGGCAAAGACAACAAGCUCAUUGGGGCAAAGCACAGAACAAGACAUGUUGCGACACGGUCUGCUGACCUCUUUAUUUGGAGUGGGCGUAUUGGGCGUACUGGGCCAGGAGUGUCCAGUGGGCAAAUAUGGAGAACACUGUCAACUGAACUGCAGCCGUUCCUGUUUCCCCCAUUCCGGCCAGGAUGUGCACUGUGACAGACACAGUGGUAGAUGCUCUGAGGGAUGCGUGGCUGGACGGUUUGGUGCUCAGUGCCAACUCCCCUGCAGCAGGAACUGCCGGGGACACAUCUGCAAUCACCAGACCGGCCAGUGCACCCAGGGCUGUACAGGACACAAUACGGGGGAUUUCUGUGAAAUACACCAAGAAAAUGAUCAGAAAGGUAAUGACAACGGGAGGUCUGUAAAUAAGACGGCUGAGUGGAGAAGAUCAGAACAGACUGCACCAACACCAAUGGUUGCGAUACUUGUCCCUGUGUUCGUCACAAUCUUUCUGAUAAUCGGCGUCAUCGUCACAGUGAUUGUCUACAGAAGACACAGAAAAGCAAGAAGAGGACAAACAAGUUCGGCUGAUGGACCCGUCCCUGACGGAGAGACUUUACUUCCAGGAGAACAAUGCAGUAUGGACACCAGGCUGAGUAGUGCUUGUCAUAAGGGAGAUCUAAGCCUGGUUAAACAGAUGUUAUCUGAGAGCCCCGAGGACAUCAACAAGCGCGGCCAGUGCGGGAGGACAUCCGUGAUGGCGGCAGUGUACCGAGGACAUACACACAUAGUGAAGUUACUUGUGAGUCGUGGAGGCGACCUGUCCCUCGUUGAUGAUAAUGGCGACAACAUCCUUCACUUGGCGUGUGGUGGAGGCCAUGAGAGCACGGUGAGGUAUCUCCUGUCACAGGACGUUCCAGACAUCAACAGCAGAGGCCAGAAGGGAAAGACUCCCGUCAUGACGGCAGCCUACAUCGGGUAUAAAGAAAUGUUUGACUUACUUGUUUUAAAAGGCGCUGAUGUGUCACUCGUGGACAAUGACGGCAAUAACAUCCUCCACCAUGCUUGUAAGGGCGGGGAUGUACAGAUAGUGAAGUAUGUCCUCUCGCAGGACAAGGUGAACAUCAGCACAAAGAACAAUGCUGGGCAAACAGCAGCCAUGAUAGCGAAACACCACGGCCAUAAUUCACUGUGCAGUCUUCUGUUAUGAGCCGGUCACGUGGGCGACUUGAGUAUGAUGCUGUAUCGGACAUUCUAGACAUGGUGUAUACAACAGUGCAAUACAACAGUGCAAUACAACGAUGUACAACAACAUACACGUCAUUGUUAUACAUGUGUGCAUCCGAGUAGAACACAGACAGGUCUCACAUGACACAGGGAAAAAGGACAGCUGAUUUCUGCCGAUUUGAAUCAUGCAUUUCCAGAACCAAUUGUGGUUCACUUUAUUCUACGAAUACUCAUUACCCCAAAUUACAAAUAUUGAACAUUUGGGGGAUUUAUAAAAUCGGGAAAUACAAUGUUGAAGAAAUGUUUAGACACCCUAUCUAAUAAUAACAACGAAUAAAUCGAUUUUUUAAUAUUUCUUUUCAUCUUUCAUCUUUUCAUCGCAAGUCGCCCUUAACAAUUGUAUUUAUUGAUGUUUCCCAGACAUGUGUUUUGCUUAAUAAAUCGGGAUCAAGUUUUAUUUUAAAUUUGAAUGCGGUUGUGUCUCAGAAGACGGUAUUAUAUCUGCUAAUGUCUGCAAAACUUCCUAAAUUCCAUUUAAUAUUUCUCAAUUCAGGGAAUCAUUAAUUAAGAUUUAAGUCGGUACAGUUCAGUCAUAGUGUGAUUUUGUGAGGGAGGCUUGUUUGUGGCUGAGCACAUGACAAAUAAAGAAUACAAAACUU